CAUUCGUUUAUUGAGCAUUUGACCAACUGCUAUCGCGCAGCAAUCAACCAAAUGCAUGGCAAAAAAUACAUCUUUUAGUACAUAUCAUUUAUUCAAUCGCAAUUUUUAGUUUUUUAUAACAAAAAAAAAAAAAAUUGAAAUUUUGCAAUGUCGAAUCCAGAGUUGUCAGAAAACAACUUGUGUACAAGAAUAAUAUACUCAUCAAGUCCUUUGGACUUAAAACAGAAAAUAAUAAACCAUUCGCCUUCACCGUCACUACAAGCUCAAAUUCCUUCCAAAGUUAACAGAACGUCAUUUUGUAUAGAGGCUUUAUUAGGACAUACAGACAAUGACUCUCAUAAAACUUCAUUGGCAACUUCAUCUGAUUGCUCGUCUACGCCUUGUUCUAGUCGGAGUGUUUCGCCUAUACCAGGACAACAAUGUGAUGGUUAUGAUGAUAAACAUAGUGGUGACGAAAACAAUAGUCAGACUUCUAUUAUCAGGUCAUCAUUUCCGCGUAACCAACAGAACUACUUAUCAAAUAAUUUUUCAAUAAUUUCUACAUUAGACACUGGAAUUCGAAACCAAAGAAACAGUAAUGGUAGUUCUUUUGGAUUCGCUAACGGAACGUCUGCUUUUCAACCAUUAACUCGUAUGAUUGACUCGGCAACAAGCAUAACUAACUCCUUAAAGUCAACUACAGGUACUACUACGGCCCCUGUAAAUCGUUCAAAUGUAUCUGCUGGCCAUUUACAACAAAUGCAGCUCGAGUGGUUUGCCAGAGCAGGAAUGUUUUAUGCAGGACCUAGACUUCAUGAAUUAUCAGGACCACAUCCACAUGCUCUUUUGGGAAAAACGAGAAGACCUAGAACUGCUUUCACAAGUCAACAACUUUUAGAAUUAGAAAAACAAUUCAAGCAAAAUAAAUACCUAUCUCGACCAAAAAGAUUUGAAGUGGCAACCAAUCUAAUGUUAACUGAAACUCAGGUUAAAAUUUGGUUUCAAAACCGACGAAUGAAAUGGAAACGAAGUAAAAAAGCUCACCAAGAAGCUAAAAUUUCAGCAAGAGAUGAAAAUACAUUAGAAAAACGAGGAAAUAUAAGCCUUCAAGCUUGUGAAUCUAUAAAUCUUGAUACAUUAUUACAGAGUCCAAAAAAUGAACAUAGUAAGAAAUCUAAUAAUGAGAUUACUCUCACUGAAACAGAUCAUAUAAUACUAUCAACCAGUGCAGCUAACCAAACUCAAACAAAUAACAAUAAUCCUGCUCAAUUAAAACUUAAUUAUCAAAAUAAUUUAAGAUCUCAUAACGAUCAAGAAGUGAGUUGUGAAGCUUUAUAUAGGCCUUACGUUUCAUAAAACUUAAAAUAAAUAUAUACAAUAUGUAAAAAUAAUUUUUUUUUUGUUGUUGUUCAAAGUAUUAUAAUAUACAAUGAUAUUGGUAAUUGACUAAGUUUUUAACUAUUAGCUCAUUAUGUGUAAUGAAAUUAACGUGAAUUAUUUUUUUUAAUAGUUUAUAGAGAGUAUGUAAGAAUAUUCAAUAUCUAAACAUAGUGAUUCAUUAACCUAUAACAAAUAAAUAUUAUUAAAAUUAACCAUAAAAUAAGCAAAGUCAAGUAAUAAGCAAAAUAAAUCAUGUAAAAUUUGGACUUCAUACUCAUAUACUUAUAAGAUAUUAAAUUUAAAUUAUAGUAGAAGGGUUGAAUAAUUAAUUUUGAAACUAAUUAAUAAUAUUAAUAUAAUAAAUAUUGAUCAUAAUAUUAUUUAAAAUUAAUAAUAAAACAAAAUAGUAUUCCUCAA